AUCAAGAUGGCGACCAGCGACGACGAGCCCAUGCACCUAUACGAAGUGUUUCAAAAUUGUUUUAAUAAGAUUGCAAAUAAACAACCCGAAAAGCCCGGUUUCCAGUCUCCUUAUGGCACGAUGGACAAUGGCAUGUCCUACGGGAACAGUUACGGCGGUACGGGCAGCGAACCGUUCGGACCCGACUCGCCGUAUUUUCCCUUCAGCAAUCCACCUCGUCGCCAGCCAUCAACAGGUCCCACGGUGAAACGGCGGAAAGAGUAUGGGUCGGAUGAAUUCGGCCAUGACUCCCCACGAUACACCUCACCGAAGGCAGGAGGGCUAUAUGGUGGAGAGCCAUACUACCUUGAUGGUGCAAGUGGUGGUACUGGUGAUCCAUGGACAGGUGGUGGUCAGCUGCAGACCGGCCACUACUCUGCAUACAGUUCUCCAGCUAUCCUGUCAGGAGCACCACCGUCUACACAUUUGUCACAGUCUACCUUUCCUCCACCGCCAAUCCAUCUUGCUCAUGAUGCAAUGGCUUACGGAGCCAUGUCGCCAGGUGGCGUUACGAGCUCUCAGCAAGAUAAUUCCCUCCUCGGUACUCAAUCUGCCACAAGUCUUCCACCAAUGUCAAGUUUUCGUGGUGGUGGAGGGCAAGGUCCAGGUCCAGGUGCUGGGACAACCCCCACCACAGCGGGCACCGCUGUGGGAGUUCCUACUUCAAGCCCUGCAACUGCUGCUCUCUAUGUUAGCCCACAGCCAACUACACCGGGGGACACACUUGGGAAAGCAUUGGCAUCAAUAUAUCCCACAGACCAAAGUGUGAGCAGUUACAGUUCAAAUCCCUCAACACCUGUUAGCUCACCUCCUCCACUGACAGGUGGUAGCGGUGGUCAGGCGUGGCCUCCAAGUAAUGCUGGUCCACACCCCAGCACUCCCACAUCACCGCAUUAUGCAGCAGAUCGCACUUUACAUAUGCAGGCUGCCCCUGAACAACAGAGGCUAGAUGCAGCAAUAGGUUUUCUUCGAGACCAUGCUGAGGGCACACGGAUGGAGGAGAGAUUAGAUGAUGCGAUUAAUGUACUUCGCAACCAUGCAGAGAGCCAAGCUUUGGGGCUGCAUGCUGUUGCAUCAUCUACAUUGCAGACACAUUCCAAUGGACUACUUAGUUCUUAUCAUCACACCCAGGCAGCUAUUGAGUCACAUCUGCCCAGUCCUCACCCAGGCACUCCAGGAUCAACAGUUGGUGCAACUCAGAGCUCGUAUCCUGGUCUUGCACCUACACCUGACACAGAUGGACCAAUUAAAAUAGAAAGGCUGUCUGGAGCAACAUCCAAAAAGCGCAAGGAACCUCCUGGAGCAAGCUCUGACACCAAACCUAGCAGCAGUGAAUUGGGAAGUAGCCAGACCAGUACAGGUCCUAAUACAGCUGUGCAAGCAAACUCAACUUCUGGCCAAAAGGGAUCCAAACGUUCAAGGAGAUAUUGUUCGAGUGCCGAUGAGGAAGAGGACCCUGAUACAAAAGCAGCUAGAGAAAAGGAGAGGAGACAAGCCAACAAUGCAAGGGAAAGGAUACGUAUCCGGGACAUAAAUGAAGCUCUUAAGGAGUUGGGACGGAUGUGCAUGACACAUCUGAAGACCGACAAACCACAGACAAAAUUGGGCAUCCUCAAUAUGGCAGUUGAAGUGAUAAUGAAUCUUGAGCAGCAAGUACGAGAACGAAAUCUGAAUCCCAAGGCUGCAUGUCUGAAAAGAAGAGAAGAAGAAAAGGCUGAGGAUGGUCCCAAGCUGUCGAGUCACCAUUUGGGUCAUCCCGGACCCCAUUUAACGCAGACGUCAUUCCCUACUAUGCCUGGCCCACCUCUACCACACAACCCAACCCAGCCGCAGUAGCAGAGGUGGAUGCUGAAGGGUUUGCACUAUGAUUUUGGUUGAAGCACAUCUCUUUCACAAGUUAUGAUAUGUGAAUUUUUUCUGAAGCUGUCAGAGUGAGAUGGUGCUCAGUCUUUGUGAAUUACGUGUGCAAACUGAAAAAGCUUCAUGUUUAGUUUAAUAAAUGUGAAGUAAUAUGUGCGCAACUAUCACAGAAAUAUACUGUAUUAACCUCCAUAUCAUUGGUUGGAAGACAGCUAAAAUCGUUUAUUGAACCUGAAAAAGAGUAGUAGUUUUUAAAAGACUUUGUGAUGGUCCUAAUUAAAGAAAAGAGAAGACUUUUGAAGACUUAAGACACUAUGAGCAGUAACCUGCAGUUGCAGAGCAGUGCUUUGCAUGCUUUAUUUUUUAAGAAAAGUGAUGGAUGACAUGCAUCUCUAUGUUUGUAUGUGUAUGUAAAGCAUACAGCCAAACAUCCUUUUGUGGAUGUAGGUACCCCGAGUGAAAGCAGUUAUAUUAAGGCCAGUAAGCAAGUCGUAGCAAGACCAGAACAUUUUCCAUCAGGCAUGUAACAUUUGUUAUGUACCAGUAAUUAUGACCAAACACAUGAGAUUUGUUUGCCUAUAUAUUUUUUUUAUUUUUUCCAUUACAUGAAUAAUUGCUGAUAUGCUAGUACUUGUUCAGUAUGAUGAACAUUCACAGUGCAACAUAGGGCCCAGACAGAUGUAGACAGCUUUGCCUUAUCGGUAAAUAUACAGUUGUAGACAUAGAGCAGAGCGUGAACAUGUGUGUGCUAAAAUUUUGUUACAUAUAAAAUACACUGAAGUAGUGAUAUUUAUGAAUUAAAUAGUUUUAUUCUUUUUGACUAAAUUAAAUAUUGUGCAUUACUUUUGCUAAAUAGUAUUAUUAUUAUUAUUAUUAUUAUUAUUAUUAUAUUACUAUUAUUAAUUAUUAUUAUUGUAUCAUCACUGUUAUCAUAGUAGAAGUGUCAACCUUUCUUUAUAUGAAUCGGAAGUUCACCAGAGUGUGUUGCUACAAAAUACAUAAUGCAACAAAUGUCUACUUCUCGGUGAUAGUAUUUCGUUUUAAAAUUUUGUUCUUAAAAGAUGUGGAAUUUGUACACUUUUGUGGGUAGUGCAGAAUUUUGGUAAUGUCAGCAUGUAUAGGAGAAGAAGUAGUACAGAGAUUACUCAUCAGAGUUGUGAUCAGAAACAGCCAGUCCUCAUCACUAGUGCCAUACUGUGGAAAACUUCCUGUGGAGUUACAUUGAAAGUAUUUUUAUGUAUAACUUCUGUACAGGAUAUGCUCGUUUUAUGAUGAUAUGCAAUUUCAUUUAUGGACUUGGGAGACUUAAUAUCCACCAUUUUUUUAAUUAUGUAAGUCAUUUAAUACUCAUAUUUUUUAUGAACUAAGAGUUUUAAAGCAGUGAUGAUGAUUACUUCUUUUUCUUCCUGUUUGUCUAUUCUUUCUUUCUUUCUUUCUUUUUUUGCGUAUCAGGACUGCUGUAUAAAUUGUGUCACUCAUCUAAUUUUUUAAUGAUUUUGAACUGUAGUACUUGUGAUUAGAUGAAUGAAUUUUACAGCAGUGCAACCUGUUUGCUGAAUGUUUGAGCAGUGGCCAUAUUUGCAGUGGAGAAGUUCAUUAGUUGCAGAGCACAGCAGGGGCAGAGACUUCAAAGUCUGUACCAAUGUUAUAAAACUGAAACAGAUCCUCACAAGUAAUGUCUGGAGCCAAAGGAACGUGGCAACUGAAGUACAUUCUUCUGUAAUGUGGGCUGUGGAUAUGCUGACCAUGUCCCUCCUAUAGUAGUGGCUAAAUUAAGUAAAUAAAUGUUUUAGUAGAGAGUAGAAAAGAGCCAGGAAGUAUGUGCCAUAUGUCCAGUGCCAGGGACAGUCUGAAUGAAAACUAAGUUGGAUUGUGGAUGCUAUACACGCUAGUCCAACGUAAGUGGUGACAAAGGCUGGAUGCUGGAUAAGACUUCCGAUUAUUGUUCCUAAAAUCAUGACCCUUUCAUUCAGAAUGUGUUAUGUGUUGUCUCUGCAUGUCAAGUAAAAUCUGCACAAUGAUAGAAAAUUAUUACGAUAUAUUUUUCUUAUCUUUUUUGGUUAAUUAGGCAACAAUGUAUAAAGAGAAAAUUGUAAAGUUGGACAUUUACUGUCAAAGCCAUUGGGAGUAGAUGGAAUACAGUGUAUGCUGGAGGAAUGUCAUAUGCCACAGAAUGCUUAAAAAGUUCAUAUAUAAUACAAAAAAUAGGAACUGAAUAUUAAAAAGCCACAUUCCUUAAAAGUGAAUAUGAAAAUAGAGGCUACAGAUCUGCUCAGCAACAGAUCUGCUCAGAAAGGAAUCUGAACCUUGAGCUUUGGGAAACAAACCCUCUUCCACAGGAAAAGGAAGUAAGUUUGAGACAUUGACUACAGUAUACAGAAGAUUCAUCCGCUCGAGGGUGAGGUACAAGGGUCGUAUAGUAACCGUAGGAAGACCAGAAAGAAUGCAGGUGAUAGCAAGAAGGUCCUCAUGGUUGUUGUUGAAAUUUGACUUGUUCUUACCUGUACAUAGUGUGUUAACUUAUUCAUGCCUUUGUCACAAUCUUACUUGUACAUCUUCAUUAUUUCAUCUGUGUACCUCAAAAGUAAAGAAGUUUCAUUUUCCAAAGCUCAAGAUUUGAUAAAGUAGAUAUGGGCAUUAGUAAGUAGAAGUUCUGUGAAGACUAUUUUUCUGUUGUAAUUGAAAUAACUGAGUUGCAUAUUGGGAUGGGACCCUUGUGUUUUUUAUUCUACAUAAUCAAUCUGAUAUGUAAUUUGGUUUUGGAAACCUGCAGAUUGGUAUGAAAUCAGAUCUCCAACAAUGAAAUCAGAUCUCCAACAUGUUCUUAACAUGUUUUGCAAGUUUUUCAUUUUUUAUUUUUGUAUUUAAUUGUUCCCUCUAUAAUUAGCUUCAUAUUGGGUGAUUAUGGCUCUUUAUUAUUUGUUUAUCGUAGAAUCUCUCUUCCAUAACUCACUGGCAACAGUUGAAAUUAGAAGCAAAACAUGCAGUAUGUCAGUGAUAUUUUGUUUACUCUUUCAAUAGCUAACACCAUGGCAGCACUGACAUAUGUAGCAAACUUCAACAGAAAGGUUGCUCAAGGUCUCUGAAAAGUCUCUUUCCACUCAGCCUAAAUGAGAGGAAUUGUUUCUCAUGUUACAGUAUCAUUUUCUUUAACUGAUUCCUGUCAUUCUUCUCAUUCAGGUUUCUCAUCACAACUGAAUCUGCACUCAUGCACCAUUUCUGGAGAUACAUUUGUUUAUUUUCCUAAAUUCGUGAUUCCAUCCAAGAGUUUCAAUAUCCUUUUCCUCAUUACAGUAACCGAGCGAGGUGGCGCAGUGGUUAGACACUGGACUCGCAUUCGGAAGGACGACGGUUCAAUCCCGCAUCCGGCCAUCCUGAUUUAGGUUUUCCGUGAUUUCCCUAAAUCAGUCC